UUAGCAUCCAUACAAAAAGGUAAUCCGCCCUUCUCGGGCUUCCUGUAAGUUUUGGUCUAUGAUUUCGUUCUCUCUUUUGUUACUUUCUUUCCUCUGAUAUACAUCACAUACCUACUAUAUUAUUAUUUCUUAUUGUUCAAGAAAUCAACAUCCCCUUCUUUUCUCGUACAUAAAUUGCAGCCAACAUGAUUCCUUCGUUAUAUGCAUUCUUGACUGCUACCGCCGCGCUGGCGGGGACGGUGCACUCUAUGCCGCAAGACGGUAGUGGAUACGGCGGAUCGGCUUUCUCGACGACUUCUUCGUUCGCCGUAGCUGGCGUCAGCACGACAGCUUCCGCAUCCGCGUCCGCCGCCACUUCGACAACCGCCUGCAAUAACUCACCCGAUCUGUGCAGCCGCUCGUACAGUGAUAUUACACACAUGGGUGCUCAUGACUCCUCCUUCCUCAGAGACGAAAGCACAAGCAACUCGAUAGCGGGCAACCAGUACUUCAAUGCUACAGUCGCCUUAGACGCUGGUCUACGUCUACUACAAGCUCAGGUCCACGAUAAGGAUGGGGUCAUAGAAUUAUGCCACACAUCAUGUAGUUUACUUGAUGCUGGCCCGCUCCAAACUUGGCUAGCAUCUAUAAAGUCGUGGAUGGAUGCCAAUCCGAACGAAGUCGUAACGCUUCUCAUUGUUAAUUCCGACAACAAAGACGUAGCACAAUUUGGGUCCGUUUUCAGCGGCUCGGGGAUAGAUCAGUAUGGGUACACGCCGUCAGGCAACGGGUGGCCGACACUGCAGGAGAUGAUCAGCGCAAAUACGCGUUUGGUCAGCUUUAUUGCUUCUAUCUCAGCGAAUACCCAAUAUCCCUACCUUCUAUCCGAGUUCGAUCACGUGUUUGAGACAGCGUACGAAGUCACCUCGCUCGAAGGCUUCAACUGUACCAUUGACCGCCCAUCAACCUAUGACACUGCCAGCGCCGCCAUCCAAGCAGGGAUGAUGCCGCUCAUGAACCAUUUUGCGUACGACGUGCUUAUCAGUUCGAUCAUGGUGCCUGAUGUAGACAAUAUCGCGACGACGAACAGCCCGUCGACAUCUACCACGGGAAAUCUAGGGUUACACGCACAGAACUGUAACCAGGAGUGGGGCAUCAAACCCACAUUCGUGCUCGUCGAUUUCUACAACGAGGGUCCUUCGAUCGACACAGCCGAUAGCUUGAACGGCAUUACAGCCGUCGGCCGAUCCACCGCAGGUCAGAAGACUGUGACAGUAGCCACAGCUACAGCUGGCCCAAGGCAGAGAGACCUCGGGAUGGGCACUGGAGCACUGGUGGCUUUUAUUGCGGCUACUUUGGUCCUUGCCUAGAUUUACGGAUCGAAUCAUGAUGAGAUUGAUUGAUAGAUAUAUGUCAGAAAAGGCGGUUGAGCGUGGUGGGUUUUUUUUAACGAUUUGGAUGCAUAGCGAUGGCGUUGUACUAUUUUGCGUUUUGUAUAGGGGAUAUAUCCUGGUACCUACCUAGGUUAGGUAGGUGUACAUUUAAGUACUACAUUAUGGCGAGGGUGGGGGAAUGUAUAUAAAAACAUUCAAUGAGGGCAACCGAUCCCAGGUACUAGGUAAUCUAUGUCUAAUACUACUAGUAGUACAUACAGGAUAAUCCAAGGCUACUAGGUACUAGGUAUGAUGCAACUACUACAUAGUACCUAUACAUACCAAUACUAUAUAUAAAACUAGCAAAGUUAAAAAAGACGA